GCUCUGGGUGUUCGGUCUCCUUCGACUUGAUCAACCCAGCCCAUCUUGGACGACUUGUUCGCCAUCCUCUGCUCGGAUCCCCCGCGGCUGCCCAUUCUUCCUCAGCACCGACAUUAACAUUAACAUCAGCAUCAGCAUCGGCUCCGUCAUCAGCACCAACUGUGCCAUCUACAUCUGCACGACCACCGGCACCAUGUCCAAGCGCAUGCACUUCGCUGCUGUCUGUGUCCUCGGUGCCCUGCUGCUGGCUCCCCAGCUCGGCGUCCAGGCCCAAACCCCUCCCACAAGUCCAUCCGAUGUCUCGCGCCAGGAAAUGCUGGCCUAUGUCGAUCCUAUCCUCUACUAUUCGCUGCUGGAGUGGCGCAACUGCCCCCAGUACCCCAACAACAACGAUUGCCAGUAUUACGGCACUCCUCAAAAGCCCAGCGCCCAGUACGGCAACAUCACCUGGAACUGCGAUGCUGGAUCGUACUGCUUGAGCUCCAACCGCACCGCUCCGUGCACACACGGAUUCUACUGCCCCGCCAACGCCGCCGAGCCGGUCUACUGCCCGCCCGGAUACUAUUGCCCAGAUCCAUCCAACAUCAUUGAGUGUCCCCAGGGCAGCUUCUGUCCCGCAGGAACUACGCGGCCCAUCUCUUGCGACUUUAUGGCCUACUGUCCGCCAAGAAGCCAGUCGGCGUUCCGCUUCGGAGUGCUUUUUAUCUUCUUGAUCUUCUGUAUCAUCCUCUAUGUUGCCUUUUCCUUCAAGGAACAGAACGACCGCAAGCGCUUCCUCAAGCACCGCAUCCAGAUCGGCAGCGUCAACCAGACCGAUCGCAAAGAAUCGGCCGCUCUGGGAAAGCUCUCCAAGACCUUCGAUGUCGAAUUUGAGAACCUGGGCUUGGUCCUGCCCAACGGCGUCGAGAUCAUGAAAGGCGUCAGCGGCGCUCUCCGUGGCGGCCGUACAUGCGCCAUCAUGGGCCCCAGUGGCGCCGGCAAAACCACCUUUGUGACGCUGCUGACCGGCAAAGUCAAGCGCACCUCCGGCUCGGUCAAGGUCAACGGCAGAGGCGAGGAGCUCUCCAAGUACAAGAAGCUCAUCGGCUAUGUGCCCCAGGAGGACGUGAUGCUGCGCGAGCUCACCGUGCGAGAUAUCCUGAUGCACAGCGCCCGCAUGCGCCUGCCCUCGAGCUGGAAUAGCGCCAAAAUCAAGGACAAGGUUCUCGAGAUCAUUUCGUUUCUGGGACUCUCUCAUGUGAUUGACUCGCCCAUUGGCGACGAGCAGGUCCGCGGCAUCUCGGGCGGUCAGCGCAAAAGAGUCAACAUUGGAAUGGAGCUUGUUGCCGAGCCGUCACUCCUGUUCCUCGACGAACCCACCUCUGGCCUCGACUCCUCCACGUCGUUCGAGCUCUGCCACAUGCUCCGCCGGAUUGCCCAGCAACAGGGUCUCUUGGUCGCUGCCGUCAUCCACUCACCUUCACCCUCAACCUUCAGAGAGUUUGACGACUUUAUGCUGCUUGGCAAGGGCGGUCGUCUCAUCUACUUUGGUCCGCGCGAGGAAUGCUCUGCAUACUUUGACAGCAUCGGAUUCACCUGCCCUCCUGACGAAAGCCCCAGCGAUUUCUUCAUGGAUGUCGCCUCCGGAAAGGUCCCGUGUGCUCUGGAUCCCAACUUCAAGACCUCUGAUCUCUUCGAGUACUGGAUCCGCCACAAGGAAGGCCGCAAGGUGGAGCCCAAGGAACGCUCCUCCUCAGAAAUCGCCGACUCGCCGCUGAUGGGCACCGAGCCCGUCAAGAAGCAGAGCAGUACCCUUGGCAAAAUCGGACGAGCGAUCGUCGAGUUCUUCUCGGAGCUGUUCUGGUGGAUCGGCGACGUUGCUCUCGAGCUUGGCAUGACUCUGCUCUCGAUUGGAUCGUUCAUCAUCUGCCGCUCCGACCCGAUCCGGCAGACUUGCGGCCUGCACCUCCAGCUGUGGUAUCUGACCAAGCGUGCUUCGCUGCAAGCCUACCGCAACUUCCAGUCGAUCGCCGGCGAAAUGAUGAUGCACUUUGGCGUCGGAUGCUUCAUCAGUAUUGCCACCCAAAAGUUCACCUAUUUCAGCCAGCUCCCCAACCCGAUCUGCUUCAUCACGCCUCCGCCAAUCUACUGGGUUUGCGCCAACCCAACGGAUAAGAUUCGCGAAAUGGGCAUGUUCCUGUGUAUCGGUGUUCUCUUUGCAGGCAUUGCCGUGGGCUCCAGCACCUUUGGUCGUGAAAAGCCCGUCUACUGGCGCGAUGUCUCUGCCGGCAUGGGCGCGGUUCCGUACUUCCUGGGCAAAUUCCUCGUCGACGUUCCCAAGAUGAUCGUGGCAUCGCUCAUGUUCUCGCUGUCGUUCAGCUUGCUGACCACGAUCUACAUGAACUACUGGAACGUCAUUAUGAUCGUGUCGGCGCUGUACUUUAGCUCGUAUGCCAUGGGCUACACCCUCUCGGCCGCCAUCAAGCCUGCCCAGGUGGCCCUGGCUGGUACCGGCUUUUCUCUACUCUGGGCUCUCGUCCUCUCGGGAGUCAUGCCCAGCUACUCCGACGUGAUCAGCGAAUCAAACUCUGGCAUCUACCAGUACAUCGGUUGGCUCUGGAAGAUCUCGGCCCCUCGCUAUGCCGUCGAGGCAUUUUGGGUCAGAGAGGUGCAGAACCGGCCCUUUGAUGUGGACCUGGCCCUGCCCCCGCCCUACGGAUACGUCUGGAACGCAUACAUCCCGAAUUGGUUCAUGAUGAUUUACAUUGGCCUGGGAUGGCACUUCCUCGCAUUCCUUGCCCUCAAGGCAUUCGAUCGCCGAAAAAUGAAGUAGAUUUUCCAGGCGGCAAUCGGCGAACUUGCCCUCUCCAUCAAGCCAUCACAUGCACAGCAGGCGAAAUGAUGGCGAGUCCGGCAGCAUAGGCCCGGACCGGCGCGGCAUUGCGUCGACCUUUGCACUCGUUUUUUUCAUUCUUGAUCAAACAAUGCUUGCGUUUCACUCGGUGCUCUGAACCCCA